CAGAAUGUUGGAUCUGCCAUUGCGCCCCAUUAUAGACCUCACGAGCUCCUUACCAACCCACCGCGACCCAGCGAUAUCACUCUAGAACUUCUCAUUGCCUCACAAGCGCAUAUUGGACACAGCACGUCCUUAUGGAAUCCAGCCAACGCCAGAUAUAUCUUUGGCAUCAGGGGUGAAUACGAUCCGAUCCACAUCAUUUCGCCUGAUGUCACCGCCGCGCAUCUGCGGAGGGCAUGUAAAGUGGUCAGUGGCGUUGCAGAACGAGGUGGUCUGGUCUUGUUCGUGGGCACGAGAGAAGGCCAAGCUAGAGCUGUGGUCAAAGCAGCAGAAUUAACAAAAGGCUGCCAUUUGUUCACCAAGUGGAUACCUGGUACUAUCACAAACGGCCAGCAGAUUUUGGGACGAUGCGAAAAGAAAGUUGUGGACGAACAGGAUCGGGAUGUGCCAGGGUUCGAAGACCAGCUCGGCGCGAAAGCUGCCAUUAAGCCAGACCUGGUGGUCUGCUUGAAUCCUCUCGAGAACUACGUCUUGCUUCACGAAUGCGGGCUCAACAAUAUCCCAACAAUCGGCAUAAUCGACACAGACGCCAAUCCAACAUGGGUGACAUAUCCUAUCCCAGCCAACGACGACAGUUUGCGUGCCGUUCAAGUUGUCGCAGGCGUGCUCGGUCGUGCAGGUGAAGCUGGUCAGGCGGCACGAUUGAGUAGAGCGGCACGGGAUGGAUUUGUGGUAUAUCCUGCAAUU